AUGCGCGAUGUUUUACCACUGGCUACUGGUCGCGAAGCCUGGGGCAAGUAUAUCUGGUUGAAUGAAGAGGUGAUUGCACAGGAAGAGGCAUGGGGCACAGCUCUGGAUAUCCAGUAUAUCAGGCAGCUCUACCAGGGCUUCGGAUGGCUUCUUGCCUUUAGGAGAGAUGAAGCUUUCGAUGCAGUCGACCAGCUGAUGGACAAACUUGCAGAACAUAGGAACGAAUGGGAGCCCACGGAGGAGGAUUGGGACGAUGACGAUCACUGGUGUUGA